AUGUCAGUUACGAAACAUUUAGCUACAUUCGGUGGAGGUUGUUUUUGGUGUCUUGAAGCCGUUUUUCAACGUCUUAAAGGUGUUGAAAAAGUUGUUUCUGGUUAUGCUGGUGGUAAUAAAACAAAUCCAUCCUAUGAAGAAAUAUGUACUGGAUCUACUAAUCAUGCUGAAGUUGUUCAAAUUACAUUUGAUCCACAAACAGUAGCUUAUAAACAAUUAUUAAAUGUUUUUUUUCAUAUUCAUGAUCCAACAACAAAAGAUCGACAAGGUGCUGAUAUUGGUACUCAAUAUCGUUCUGUUAUAUUUUAUCAUGAUUCAGUACAACAAAAAGAAGCUGAAAUGUUUAAAGCACAUUUAAUUGAUGAAAAUGUUUAUAAAGAUCCAAUUGUAACAGAAAUUUUACCAAUUGAAAAUCAUCCAUUUUAUUCAGCUGAAGAAUAUCAUCAAAAUUAUUUUAAUACACAUCCAAAUCAAGGUUAUUGUUCAACUAUUGUUAAAAGUAAAGUUGAUAAAUUUAUGGCAAAAUUUUCUGAUUUACUUAAAAAUCAAAUUUAA